GUACUUUUGAGUUUUGGGUUUUGAUCACAUGUCACAUGUGUUUGUUGCUAUAAGAAUUGUUUUUCUUAAUUAUUAUCAUUAAUAUUAGAGAAAUUGUGUUAAAAUAUGUCUGUUCCUGAGAAAUUGUUGAUGCGCAAAAUUAAAAAAAGAGAAAAAAAGAAAUUAGAAUUUUUAAAACAACGUGCCGAGGAACAACAGAAUGAAAAAUCAAAAAAUCUCGAUAGUGAAACUGAAGAAGUUAAAGUAACUAAUGGACUUGGGGUGAAAAGGAAAAAGAAUGAAGAUGUUGAACCCAUUAAAAAGAAGAAGAAAAAAGUUAAAAAGCAAAAGGUAGAAGUCGAAUCAGAAAGUGAUGAAGAGGAAAUUGAAGAGAUGGAAGAAGAAAAAGAGGAAAUUCCAAAUGAAGAAGAAGAAAAAGAUACAAUAGAUGAAGAAGAUUUAGAAAAACAAAAUGAUAAAUCGGAAGAUUUCACUUUGCCUGGUUGUUCGGUGGGUUUAGAAGUAUUUAAAAAUCCAGAAUUUUCAGCAUUGGAAACUAAAAUAUGUGAGAAUACAUUGAAGGGUAUAAGUGAUAUGGGUUUUACAAAAAUGACAGAAAUACAAGCGCGUUCCAUACCGUCGUUACUUGAAGGCAGAGAUCUAGUUGGUGCUGCAAAAACUGGCUCGGGAAAAACUUUAGCUUUUCUUAUACCCGCAAUUGAUCUCAUUUAUAAACUCAAGUUUAUGCCUAGAAACGGAACGGGUUGUAUUAUUAUUUCGCCGACACGUGAAUUGGCGAUGCAAACAUUUGGUGUUUUGAAAGAAUUAAUGAAAUAUCAUUUUCACACAUAUGGAUUAUUAAUCGGCGGUACUGAUAGAAAAACAGAGGCGCAAAAAAUAGCGAAAGGAAUUAAUAUUAUCGUUGCAACGCCCGGACGUCUAUUAGAUCAUCUUCAAAAUACAGCCGAUUUUUUGUACAAAAACUUACAAUGUCUCAUUAUUGACGAGGCUGAUCGUAUUCUUGAUAUUGGAUUCGAAGAAGAAAUGAAACAAAUCAUCAACCUCUUGCCGAAAAGAAGGCAAACGAUGCUUUUUAGUGCAACGCAAACAAAAAAGACGGAAGCAUUAACGAAAUUAGCUUUAAAGAAGGAGCCAAUUUAUGUUGGUGUUGACGAUGAGAAAUUACAAGCAACGGUUGAUGGUUUAGAGCAAGGAUACGUGAUGGCACCAAGUGACAAGCGAUUUCUUCUUUUAUUCACUUUUCUCUGCAAAAAUCGAAAUAAAAAAGUUAUGGUCUUCUUUAGUUCGUGUAUGUCAGUUAAAUAUCAUCAUGAACUUUUAAAUUAUAUCGAUCUUAAAGUUCUCUGUAUUCAUGGCAAACAGAAACAAACAAAACGAACGACAACAUUUUUUCAAUUUUGUAACGCAACCACGGGAAUUCUUUUGUGCACUGAUGUUGCUGCAAGAGGACUUGAUAUUCCAGAUGUUGAUUGGAUUGUUCAAUAUGAUCCACCUGAUGAUCCUAAAGAAUAUAUUCAUCGAGUGGGAAGAACGGCCCGUGGAGAAGGCAGCAGCGGUCAUGCUUUAUUAAUAUUGCGACCUGAGGAACUUGGUUUUUUGCGUUAUCUCAGCCAGGCUCGAGUUCCCGUAAAUGAAUUCGAAUUCUCAUGGAAUAAAGUGAAAAAUAUUCAACUCCAGUUGGAGAAAUUAGUAGCGAAAAAUUACUAUUUAAAUAUGUCUGCAAAAGAAGCCUAUAAGGCUUAUGUACGAGCUUAUGAUUCUCAUCAUUUGAAGCAGAUUUUUGAUAUUGAAACUUUGGAUUUGGCCGCUGUUGCAAAAUCGUUUGGAUUCAUUAAUCCACCAGCAGUUGAUUUAAAAGUGGGAUUAAGUAAAGAUACAAGACCACGGAAGAAAAUUGGAGGCGGUGGUUAUGGAUAUAUGAAAAAUAUGAACAAUCCCAGUGGUGGAAAGCAGAUGCAUCGAAAGAAAAUUUUCCAUCAAGGUGGAAAACGUGGAAAUGACGGUCGACAAUUUUCGAGAUAAUCAAUUAUCAUCAACGAGAAAUUAAUGUUUCUUGUUACAAUUUGUAAAAUAGAAAUAAAUUUAUUAUUAAAUAUA